CGCCGUGUAGCCUUCACAGACCGUUGGGGCAAGUGCUGUUAGCGCGCGUGAGCAGCCGCGCAUUUAGCACCCAGACUGCGACUGCGUGAGCCGGCCAGGGGAUCGGCCGUGGCGAUUUGGGAGUGCGGAGUGGAGGGGGAAGGUAGCGCCAUCGUAUCAUUGACCACAAUUGUCACUCGGUUUUUUUGGAGGGUUUUCCUUCCCGGUCCGAUUCACUUCUCCGGGGAAACUCAAUCGGGAGCCGCGACGUUUCUCGAGUAGGUCGGGGUCGAGCACGUGCAUCGCGUGGAUCACGAAGAUCACGAAGAUCACGAAGAUCACGUGGAUCACGAAGACCGCGGCUCGGAUCAGCAGCGGAGGUUGCGGUUGUCAGCGAGGUGUGUGAACGCUUCAGUAGGUGAUGUCAGACCCCGGAGCUGUCCACCCGGUGGUGCUGAACGUGGGCGGCACGAACUUCUCAUCCUCAAUGGCCACGCUCACGCGGUACCCGGACUCGCUGCUCGCUCGCCUCGUGCAUCGCGGCACCCACGGACAGGGAUCAGGACAGCAGCAGCCGCUGUUCGUGGACCGUGACGGGACGAUGUUCCGCCACGUGCUGGCCUUCCUGCGGGAUGGGGCGCUCAGCCCCGGCCUGCAGGGCCCCGAGCUGCGCUCGCUGGGACGCGAGGCCGUCUUCUACGAGCUGCACGCGCUGGCGCGGGCCGUGCAGCAGGCAGAGGCUGCGUCGCGGUCCGAGCUGCUCGAGGUGCGCUUCUCGCUGCAGGAGGGCGGCGCCGCCUUCUUCCGCGUGUUCGGCUCCCGCGCCGACUCCGUGCUGGAGCUCGCGGAGCGCGUCCACGUCUCCAGCGAGCACGAGCACGAGCAGCAGCAGCACCUACACAUGCACCAGCAGCAGCACCACCCGAGCUGGGCCGGGUGGCCGCUGCAGGCGGCCCCGACGUGGUCAUCGUCGGGGCCAGCCGCCAGCCUGGAGCGCGUGUCCCUGCAGAGGCCCUCGCACCACGACUUCGUGUUCCAGUGCGGCCCGGCGCCCUCCUCCACUGGCGCCAGCUUCGUGAGGUACGUGUCGAUCGAGCCCGAUCAGCGACGACUGACCAAUGGGGUGAACGUGCUCGGCCUGCUCAUCGACACCGUCCUCAGGGAGGGCUUCCGAUUGGUCGCCGCGCGCACCGCCUCGCUCGACGACAGGGUCGAGUGCUACACCUUUGAGCGAGGUCACCCAAUGGGAGGCCAGCAUCACGGCGACAAGGCAACGGCGGCGGGGCACGAGCAGCCAAUCGGAGGGCACGGCAAGGCAGCCAAUGGCAAGCCGGCGAAGAAGUAGCCGUUGGGGGUAGGUUUGGUGGAGGGGGACUUUCUCUUGACCUCUGAGUCCGUGUCUCCGCAUGGAAUUGUAGAAAGUAAAGAAGACCUAUCACAACGUAAACCAGCGCCAGCCCCCACCCCCCUCCUCCACCACCAAUGGCCUUCUGGGAGUGCAUAAUUUGAGCAGAAGUUGAAAAGCUAUCAGCUAUUUAAACUCUAAACUACAUCUUGACUUAACGCUUUCGUGACUGCAGGGAUUUAUAUUCUUGGUUCUUUCGGUAAAGUCACAUAGAAGGGAAAUAAUUAAAUAAUAUUAAUAUUAAACAAUAAACGUCGUGAGAAUUUUAUUGUUUUAUAUUUAUUUUAUUAUUUCCCUUUCACGUAGAUAGGUUUAACUUAUCUACGUGACUUUACCGAAAGACCCAAGAAUACUAGAAACUAUAUUUUAUGUUUUUACCAGGUAAGCCCCCACUGAGGUUUCUAGCUCAAGCGACCUGGCAGUCACAAAUGAUUGCUCAACGAAGUGGCUCAUCAAUCACGUAGAAAUGUAUAGCGGCCAAGUUACUCUCAACGCGUGAUGUUGUUUCUACAUGUGGAGGGAAAAACCAGAGGACCCUGGAGAAAAAUCCUCGCGACCACGUGGAGAAAGAGAAACACGCAAACUCCAAAUAUACAGCAGCAGCAGGCGUCAGGGUCCGAAUCGAACCUACGACCUCCUGUGUACCAGGCGAGGUAGUUAACAUCUCAUAGCCACUGUGAUGAUAAGAGAGAGAGACACCGCAAACUCCGAAUAUACAGCAGCAGGCGUCAGGGUCCGGAUCGAACCCACGACCUCCUGUAUACCAGGCGAGGUAUUUAACAUCUCCUAGCCACCGUGAUGAUGAUGAGAGAGAGAGACACCGCAAACUCCGAAUAUACAGCAGCAGGCGUCGGGUCCGGAUCGAACCUACGACCUCCUGUGUACCAGGCGAGGUAUUUAACAUCUCCUAGCCACCGUGAUGAUGAUAAGAGAGAGAGACACCGCAAACUCCGAAUAUACAGCAGCAGCGGGCGUCAGGGUCCGCAUCGAACCCACGACCUCCUGUGUACCAGGCGAGGUCGUUAACAUCUCCUAGCCACCGUGGCGCCCUCCGUGCUAGGGAAAGGCCUACGGAAGUGGUUAUCCCAGAACCACAUCUGACACAGCAGGGGGCGACACAUUGCCACCCGCUGUGCCCCGACCCCAAUGCCCGUGCCGUGAGGGUCACGGGCCGACGUUUUGAAAUCGCAGAGAAGGAAUUUGGAGCCGAAUUAAAUUGCCGAACAAAAAUGUUA